AUGAUGAGGAGAGAGGAGUGGAAACAAGCCGUCAAGCGUCGAGAGUGGUGUUUUAAAGUAGCUGAGGCAUUGGUCUAUGGGCUAAUGGGUGCAGAAUCUAGCAAUGAGACCGAUGGAGGUGCAGGGAUGCCAUCGCAUUCUUGUUCGCGAUGCCGCAGGAUCAAGAAGAAGUGUUCGAAGGAGGUUCCUGCGUGCCAGAACUGCGUGAAGGCCGGCAAAGCGUGCGAUUAUCCCGGGAGGGCUCGCCGGCGGAAACGGAAGGAGAUUGAGGAGGCGCUUUUGCGGGAGGCGAGGGUAAGGAGUGGUACUAGUAGUGGUAAUGGUACCAGUACCAGUAAUAAAGAGGAACAGAAAAGACCACAGCACUCGUUGGUGUCUGCGAGUUCUGUUUCGUCGUUUUUGAAUCUGCUCAACACGUUGAACGACACGAAGGGGAUUGCUAGUGGCAGCCCUGAUCUGGACGAGAGCGAGGAUGUGUCAUCGUCAUCGCCAACAGCGGAGCCCAGACUGAAACGGUUUAGAGGGAAGAAAGACGCUGUAGCGUCGCAUGCGGGACUUCCCGAGCACGAAAAGCACCGAUCUGAGUCGACACCGAUCACGGCAUCAGCGAUCCAGAUCGAGACGGUGCUUUCUGUGUUCAAAGGCGGACGAACGACGCCGAUGAAACAACUGCCGUUGCAGAUCCAGAGACCGCUUUACGACCGGUUCGUGGCUGCUUUCUUCAAGCACAACCACAUGUCGUACCCAUUGCUCAACAAGGUGGACUUCUUGAACAAAGUGUCGAACAUCCGGGACUUCAACACGCUGGAGGACGAGGAAGAGGGCUACGACGAUGUGUUUAUCUUCGAGUUGUACAUGACCAUGGCGAUCGGGUGCACGACGUUGCAACGGGCCGGGAUGCUUUCUGCUGAAGAAGAAGGGUUGAGCGAGCAUUUCUCGUACAUGGCCAUGAAGCGGUUCUGCCCCGUGAUGCACUUGCAGAACCUGGAGACGAUCAAGUGUCUCUUGCUCUUGGGGAUAUACUCGUUCUUCGAGCCGAAAGGUGUGUCGUCGUGGACCAUCAGUGGGUUGAUCAUGCGGCUCUGCAUUGGGUUUGGGUUGAACCGGGCGUUGACGACGAAGAAGUUGAAGACGAUGUCGAUGAUCGACGUGGAGAUGCGGUACCGGGCGUUCUGGUCUUUUUACUCGUACGAGCGGUUGGUUGCGACGUCGUUGGGCCGGAUCUCGUGCUUGCACGACGACGAUAUCAGCGUUCCGCUACCGCGACCUUUGUUCGAAGAAGAAAACGACGACAUUGAGGUGACCAACAUGAUGAUCAGCUUGCGGAAGCUUGGCGGACGCAUCUACCGGAAAGUGCACAGCGUUGGUGUUGGGAAGAAGAAGCUGAUGCUGGAGGAGAAACGGGCGAUAGUCGAGGGCUUACGUGCCGAGUUGGACGAGGUGUACAAGCAAGAGACGAUCAAGAUACGGAAUCUGAACAUCAGGGCGAACAGGUACAAUGAGGACAACCAGAAGAACCAGAACAGCAGCAGCUGUUCUGGCAGCUGCAUUUCGUUCCACCACUCGGAAGAGUGGCUCACAAUGAGGUACUACCAGUUGCAGAUCAUGCUUUACAGGCCGAGCGUGUUGAUACCGAAACCGGCGAUGGACUCGCUAACGAUAUUGGGGGACGCAUGUUUGAAGUCGUUGAAAUACACAUACAGCUUGUACCAGAGACGGCUCUUGCCGCUUAACUGGAUCACGCUCUUCAGGGUGCUUACGAUCUGCAACACGAUGCUCUACUGUUUGUGCCAGUGGUCGAUUGACAUUAUAGAGUCCAAGAUUGAAAUACACCAGUGCAUCGAGGUGCUCAAGCAUUUCGGGGCGAAGUGGGUGUUUGCGGCGAAAUGUGCGGAUGUGUUUUCGAACGUGAACAACAUGAUUCUCGAUAUCAGUCUCUCGAACGGGCGGGUGCCCAACAUGGACAAGUUGACGCGGGAACUUUUCGGUGCGAGUAACGAGUACCAGGAGAUAUUGGACGAGAACAACGUCGACAUCUCGUGGGUGGACAACAUAUAG